AAGAUGAGUGGUCGCGGAAAGGGAGGUAAAGGACUCGGUAAAGGAGGCGCUAAGCGUCACCGUAAAGUUCUCCGUGAUAACAUCCAGGGAAUCACCAAACCCGCCAUCCGCCGUCUGGCUCGCCGCGGCGGAGUGAAGCGUAUCUCCGGUCUGAUCUACGAGGAGACCCGCGGUGUGCUGAAGGUGUUCCUGGAGAACGUGAUCCGUGACGCCGUCACCUACACCGAGCACGCCAAGAGGAAGACGGUGACCGCCAUGGAUGUGGUGUACGCCCUGAAGAGACAGGGCCGCACCCUGUACGGGUUCGGAGGCUAAACGACUGACUGACGUAAAGACAAACAACACAACGGCUCUUUUAAGAGCCACCACAUCACCUAAGAGCUCAUUUCCUGAUCUAUCAGUGAUA